ACAAACAAAAGAUUUUUAUUUAAAAACAGUAGCCUUUCUUAGAUAUCAUCAGAUUAAUUUAAAUUGAAAGAAUAACAGAUAUUAUCUGUUAAGUCAUAUUCCUUACUCUGAUUGUCCCAUUGAGCUUUAUUCUUUCUUUCAUUCAUCCAUUCAAAAAUCCUUAUAAGAUUUAUUCUGUUUCCAGGCACUUAGAGAAACAGCUGUGAAUUAGACAAAGAUCCUGGGCACCUGAGACUUAAUUUUAUGAAAAAACAGACAAUAAAGAAGUAAAUAAAUAUAAUUUCAUGUGAAGAUAAAUACUAUUUAAAUAAAAACAGUGAGCAAUAAGCUAGGAAGUGAUUGGUAUUGAGGGGUGCACUUACAUUGGGUGGUCUGGAAAGCUCUCUCUUAGGUGUAGUGUUUGAGUAGAACCAUAAAUGAGUAAAAAGGCCACGUUAAUAUGAAGAGAAGAGAGAACAGAAAAGUGAAAAUGUCACACGUGAAGAAUUAACUUGGUGAGUUGAAGAGAGAUCAAGACCAGUGCUCAUGUGAAACAAGGGUGGGGAAGACGGUAGGAGAUAGAAACUGGAGAGGUAAGUAGUGGCCAGAUCAGGUAGACUGUUGAAAGCCAAAGCAGGGAGUCUGAAUUUUAUUCUAAGUGUGCUUACAAAUAUUUAGAGUUUAUAAAUAAUUAAGCAGGAAAUUACAAUGAUCUUAUUUAUUAUCCCCUGUGAAGGUCUCCUAUUUUCUCAGAUUAACAAAUUCAUGGUUCUCUUUAAAAGUCCAGCUCAAACACGCAUUGUAAAGCCUUUUGUCAUUGUCAGUGAGGCAGUGGUUGGGUGGUCCUGUUUAACCAGCUUUCCUAGAGGUGACUUCUCCCAUUCAGUUCUAUUCAAGUCAAAGAUGAGUCUUGGAGACUGUCUCAUGCUUUAGUAGUUUAUUCUGGCAUCGCUCUUAAAAGAUAGUGGGAAGAGGCUGGGGGUAUAGACCAGAUAGUCAGGGCUCGGAUGAUCAAGACAGUCUCCAACCAGAGACUGUUCUCAGUGUUGGGGGUUUCUUCCCCCUUUUUAAAACCUGUAUUCAGCUUGGUCAGUUAUCAGAUGUUUCUCUCAUAAAUGGAGUCGAAGCUAUUCUUACAAGGGUAAGCUUUAAGGUUCAUGAAAGUUGCAUCUGUGCUGAAGUGGCCUGGUCUCCUGGAAAUCACUGGGCCAGGGGUGGAAAUCUCCAGGGCCAGUUAGUAUUAUAUUGAUAAAUACAUUUAGUAUCAGCCCCUCAAGACACUUGAGUGAGCCUUAUGGCUAUAAUUAAUCUUAUAGCCACGAUAUAUCUCUUAUAGUAUAUUUUCCUUAAUUUUCCAAGUAUCUUCUCUGUCUUUAGUUUUCCCAUUUCAUACAUUCUUGCAUUUACAUGGUACAUUUCUCUACUAUAGUACCUUCUGCUUGUUUUCAACUUGUCUGUUCUACUGAACUGUUAACUCCAUAAGGGUAGGGACUGUGUUUAUCUUCCUGUAUGCAUAGUUUAUAAUGCAGUGCACAGCAUAUCGUAAUGUUAAGAAAAUGAUUACUGAAUGAACAAAUAAGUAUUUCAAUUAUCCCAUAACUUAUGCUUCUGGUCUUAACCUUUCUGUCAAAUUCCAGUUUCUUAUUUUUAAAUGCCUAUUUACAUUUUUAAUUGUCUAGUUUUUCUUCAGACUCAACUUCACAUACCCACAUCUCUUUCCAACUUCUCCAUUUAAUUAAUUAAUUAAUUUGAGAGGGAGUUUCCCUCUUGUUGCCUAGGCUGGAGUGCAAUGGUGCAAUCUUGGCUCACUGCAGCCUUUGCCUCCCGAGUUCAAGCGAUUCUCCUGCCUCAGCUUCCCAAGUAGCUGGGAUUACAGGUGCCCACCACCAUGCCCAGCUAAGUUUUUGUAUUUUUAGAAGAGAUGGGUUUUCGCCAUGUUGGCCAGGCUGGUCUCAAACUCCCGGCCUCAGGUGAUCUGCCUACCUCAGCCUCCCAAAGUGCUGGAAUUACAGGCGUGAGGCCCUGCGACUGGCCAACUUCUCCGUUUUUAUUGGUAAUACCAACUUCUUUCUAAUUUCCUUGACCAGAAAUUUUAGAGUACUUUUAUUCUUCCCCUGAUACUGGGGAUUUCCUUUACUCUAUUUCAUUGACUCUAACCCUAGUUCAGACUUUUUAUCACCCUAAUUCCUGGAAAAAUGCAACACAGUGGCUGGCUGGGGAAUAAUUCUGGCUCAAAUGUCUUCCCUUCUCAAAUCUGUACUGCAUGUCUUUGCAAGAUCAUUGUUAAUUAAAUAUUUUAUUCGUGAGUUCAUGCAUUGUUCCAUUUUCCAAGUAUUUUUGCACACUGAAUGUAUGACAUGCCACUCCCUUACUUAGUGCUCACAUGAACUAAAUGAGAUAGUAUUUUUAUCUCCAUUUUACAGAUAAGGAAAUUAGGAUUUAGAUUAACUGCCCAAAGUCAGUAACACCAAACACAAAACGGUAGAGCUGAGGCCUGAACACAGGUCUUUUUAGUUGAAAACUCUGAGCUCUGCUUAAUCAUUGUGCUAGUAAGUUCGUAUCCCAAGUUUAAAGUCCUUCUUCACUUUGGAGGAUUUCCAUGAAAUAGCCUACCAAUCCUACUUCCCAUUUCUGCUGCACUUGGAUUUUCUAUUUCAUAUUUCAAAUAUUUUUCUAUUUAUCUCCUGUGCAUUGCCCUUCUCUACUUCAAGUAGAUUGUAAGCUUCUUAAAACCUUACUCUUAUUACACUUGCCUUGCAUUUCUAUGAAGAUCUACUGUUGUAGAUGACACACUAAAUUCUCAGUGAAUAAUUUAUAAAAUCUUUAGCACAGUCCUUGGCACAUAUGCAUGUUUAACAAAUGGUAUCAAUGAUUACUAUUACUACACAGGGACUGAUGCAUCAAAUUGAAGACCUAAUAGGAAACCAGAAAAUUCUGCUCUCUUCCUCAGUCCUACGAACUCUUGCUUGCUUUCUCCACAAUUUAGACUAGUGGUUUCCAACAAUAAGUGAGUACAUUUCAGUCUCAUAGUCUCAUCUCUCUACUACGAAACAGUGCUAAGUAUGAUAUAGACAUCACCAUAACAUGAACAACACAGCAAAAUUUUGUCCAUUACUGCUCUCUUUGAGGGUACUUUGGAGAAAGGAAAAUGGAAUAGUUGUAGUUACAUUUUUGAAAAAAUGGUUAAUACCCUAUCUAUCGACAGAUGGAUCUAUUGAUGGAUAAACUUCAUUUAACUUUCAUGAAGUUACUAGCGUCUUGUCAAGACUUCCUGGCUCAAGUUUCUGAUGUACAGAACUUAGCAUUCUUCAGGCACCCCCCGUUGUAUAAUCCCUGCUUCAUUUUGGCGCUUCAAGCAGAAUUGGUUCACAUGCAGCAAUAGGAAAAUCCGACAUUCAGGCCUUGAAUGGUUCACAUGACGCAGUGAAAACGGUCGAUUUAGGACCUCUCUAGUCCUGAUUAUUUUUUUUUUGAGACGGAGUCUCGCUUUCUCGCCAGGCUGGAGUGCAGUGGCGCGGUCCUGGCUCACUGCAACUUCCGCCGGCUGGGUUCAAGCGAUUCUCCUGCCUCAGCCUCCCAAGUAGUGGGGAUUACAGGCACGCGCCACCAUGCCCAGCUAAUUUUUGUAUUUUUAGUAGAGAUGGGGUUUCACCAUGUUGGGCAGGCUGGUCUGUGAACUCCUGACCUUGUGAUCCGCCCACCUCGGUCUCCCAAAGUGCUGGGAUUACGAGCGUGAGCCACAGCGCCCGACCCCCUAGGCCUGAUUUUCGAAGAUAUGACGCAUGUAUCCUGCCCCCGCGAGCGCCGUCGCGCCGUCGCGCCACAUACGUCACACGCUCUUCGGAAAGCGUUGCUGCGUAAAUGGCGGGGGCGUGUCUUUUGGCUCCUCCGCGUGUAGUUACCUGAGAAACGCGGGAAGUUGGGCCCAGGCAGUGUUGCUGCGGUUGCCUAAGUUGUUUUACUAUUUCUGGAGAGAGCCGUGAGCUUGUCCAGGGGCCCCGAUCCUGAGGCCGACCCGGUUUCUGGCGCGGUGCGAUGGAGGUAGUGGAGGCCGCCGCCGCUCAGCUGGAAACUCUGAAAUUCAAUGGCACCGACUUUGGAGUUGGGGAAGGUCCGGCGGCUCCGUCUCCGGGCUCUGCUCCUGCGCCAGGGACACAGCCGCCGCUACAGUCGUUUGAGGGGUCCCCGGACGCUGGGCAGACCGUGGAGGUUGAGCCUGCCGGGGAGCAGCCUCUGCAGCCCGUUCUGAACGCCGUCGCGGCCGGGACCCCAGCGCCGCAGCCACAGCCGCCGGCUGAAUCGCCGGCCUGCGGAGACUGCGUCACCUCUCCAGGAGCCGCAGAGCCUGCGCGGGCGCCGGACUCCUUAGAGACCUCGGACUCGGAUUCGGACUCGGACAGUGAAACAGAUUCAGAUAGUUCAAGUUCAUCGUCUUCCUCUUCAUCUUCCUCAUCGUCGUCGUCUUCCUCUUGUAUAUCACUUCCUCCAGUGCUGUCAGAUGGAGAUGAUGAUUUACAAGUUGAGAAGGAAAAUAAGAAUUUUCCUCUUAAAACAAAAGAUGAAUUACUUCUUAACGAACUGCCUUCUGUUGAAGAACUCACUAUUAUUCUGCCUGAAGAUAUUGAGUUAAAGCCUCUUGGGAUGGUUUCAAGUAUUAUUGAACAACUAGUAAUAAUUGAAUCUAUGACUAACCUACCUCCAGUUAAUGAGGAGACUGUAAUUUUUAAAAGUGAUCGACAAGCAGCAGGAAAGAUAUUCGAGAUAUUUGGACCUGUUGCACAUCCAUUUUAUGUGUUACGGUUUAAUUCUUCAGAUCACAUUGAGAGUAAAGGUAUUAAAAUAAAGGAGACUAUGUAUUUUGCUCCAUCAAUGAAAGAUUUCACUCAAUAUAUAUUCACAGAAAAACUUAAACAGGAUAAGGGAUCAGAUGCAUCAUGGAAGAAUGAUCAGGAGCCACCACCAGAGGCCUUAGAUUUUAGUGAUGAUGAAAAAGAGAAGGAAGCCAAACAGAGGAAAAAAUCUCAGAUUCAAGGCCGGAAAAAACUCAAAUCUGAAUUUAAUGAGCCUGGUGAAGAUUUUACUGAAGUACAUCAGAAUUGGAAUGCUCAUAGCUCUGCUUCAGAGCAUGCAAAAGGAUAUCGUAACAGAGAAUUCACACGAGGAUUUUCCAGGGCCAGAUACCCUCGAUCUUGCCAUGGCAGGCCUCCACCUCAGCAUUUCUAUAACUCAGAACAUAUGGUAUCUCAGGAGACUUCAGGAUUUCCUUCUCAGAGACAAGAUAAUCCCAUUAUGCCACAAUACCCCUUUCCUCUUCCAAUGUUUGACAUGCAUAAUUUUCCACUCCGCCCUCCACCCCCACCACCACCCCCACCUGUAAACAUGGGUUGGGCUACACCAAACAUGGCUGCUCAUCCAUUACUUAACUUACCAUACUCCCUACCCCCACCCCCUCCCCCUCCACCGCUACCUCCUCCACCCUCUUCUGGAGAUAGUAAUUCUCAUUUUGGACCUUACUAUUAGGUGACUAUGCAUUUCCAGAGAAAUGUGGACUUUUCAUAUUAUGUGGUACAGGUAUAUCUCACAGAUAUUGUGGCCUCGGAUCCAGACCAUUGCAGUCAAGUGAGUCACACAAAGUUUUUGGUUUCCAAAUGCAUAUAAAAGUUACGUUUACAUGCUACUUUAGUUUAUUAAGUAUGCAAUAGCGUUGUGUCUAAAAAAACCAAUGUGCAUAUCUCAAUUGGAGAAUACUUUACUGUUCAAAAAAUAAUAAUGACCCUUUGAGCCUACAGUGAGUUACAGUCUUUUAGCUGUUGGAAGGUCUGGACUCAAGUGUUGUUGGCCGCUGACUAAUCAGGGUAGUGGUUUGCUAAAAGUGGCAGUUUCUCCUAAUAGAUAGCAGUGAAGUGUGCUACAUUAAUUGGCUCUUCCUUUCACCAAAGAUUUCUGUGUAGCAUGUGAUGCUACUUGAUAGCAUUUUAUUCUCUGUAAAACUUUGAAAUUUGGGAUCAAGUCCUCUCAAACCCUGCCACUGCCUUAUCAACUAAGAAGGUAGCAUUCUAAGUCCUUUGUUAUCAUUUCAACAGUGUUCAUAGCGUCUUCACCAUGAGUAGCUUUUACUUGAGAAACCUCAUUUUUGCUUAUGCAUAAGAAGUAACUCCUCAUCUUUUCAAGUUUUUUCAUGAGAUUGCAGCAAUUCAGUCACGUCUUUAGGUUCCACUUCUAAUUCUAGUUCUCUUCCUAUUUCUACCACAUAUUCAGUUAUUUCCUCCAGUGAAGUCUUAAACACCUCAAAAUUAUUAAUGAGGGUUGGAAUCAACUUCUCCCAAACUCCUGUUAAUAUUGGUAUUUUGACCCCCCUCAUGAAUCAUCAAUGUUCUUAAUGACAUCUUAAAUGGUGAAUCCUUUCCAGAAGGUUUCCAAUUUACUUUGCCCAAAUCCAUCAGAGGAAUCACUAUGACAGCUAUAGCCUUGCAAAAAAUAUUCUUAUAUAAUAAGACUUGAAAGUCAAAACUAUUCCUUGAUCCAUGGGCUAUGGAAUGGAUGUGUUAGCAGGCAUUUAAAAAAUUCAACUCCUUGUACAUCUCCAUUGGAGUUCUUGGGUGACCAGGUACAUUGUUAAUGAUCAGUAGCAUUUCGAAAGAAAUCUUUUACUGAAUGGCGGACUUAACAUCUUUAGUAAACCAUGAUUUUAAAAGAUGUGCUGUCAUCCAGGCAUAGUUUUUCUAUCUAUAGAGUCUAUAGAGCACAGGCAGAGUAGAUUUAGCAAAAUUCUUAAGGACCGUAGGAUUUUUGGAAUUGUAAAUGAGCAUUGGCUGCAACUUAAAGUCACCAGCUGCAGUACCCCUAACAAGAUAGCCUGUCCUUUGAAGUUUGGAAGCCAGGCAUUGAUUCCCAUUCUACAGCUAUGAAAAUCCUAGAUGGCAUCUUCUUUGAAUAUAAGGCUAUUUUAUGUACACUGAAAAUCUGUUGUUUAGUGUUUAGUGCAUCCAUCUUAUCUAGAUCUUCUGGAUAACUUGCAGCUUCAUCUUGCACUUUUAUGUUAUGGAGAUGGCUUCUUUCCUUAAACCUCAUGAGCCAACCUCUGCUACCUUCCCACUGCAGUUUCCCUCUGCAGUUUCUCUCAGCCUUCGUAGAAUUGAAGAGAGUUAGGGCCCGCUCUGGAUUAGGCUUUGGCUUAAGGGAAUGUUGUAAUUGGUUUGAUCUUUUAUCCAGACCAUUUAAACUUAUUCCAUAUCUGCUGUAAAGCUGUUUUGCUUUCUUAUUCCUGUGUUCACUGUAGUAGUACUUUCAGUUUCUUUUAAGAACUUUUUCUUUGCAUUCGCAACUUGGCUGUUUGGCACAAGAGGCCUAGUUUUUAGUUUGCCUCAGCUUUCAACAUGCUGUCCUCAAUAAGCUUAAUCAUUUCUAACUUUUGAUGUAAAGUGAGAGAUGUACAACUCUUCCUUUCACUUGAAUACUUAGAGGUCAUUAUACGGCUAGUGAUUGGUUUAAUUUCAGUGUUGUUGUUUCACGAAAUAGGAAGGCCUGAGGAGAGAGAAAAGGAAACAGCAGAUGUGUGGAGCAGUCAGAACAUACACAUGUUUCCAUUAAGUUCACUAUAUUAUAUGGGCAUAGUUCAUGGUGCCUCCAAAACAAUAGUAACAUCAAAGAUCACUGAUUGAGAUCGCUAUAACACAAAUAACAAUUAAGAAAAAGUUCAGAAUUACCAGAAUGCGACAGAAUACAUGAAGUGAGCAUAUGCUGUUGGGAAAAUGGAGUUGAUAUACUUGCUAGGUGUGGGAUUGCUACAAACCUUCGAUUUGUAAAAAAUGCAAUAUAUAUGAAGUAUAGUACAAUGAAGUACAAUAAAACAGUGUAUGCCUGUAGUAUUAUCUGACAGUGGAUAUUUACUAUCUACAGAAACAUCUGAAUUAUACCAUUUGAUCUUUGCUUUAAAUUAAGUUGGUAUCUUAACCACUUAGGUCUGGUUGCCUUCCUCUCUAUACAAAUCGGCCCUCUAUGUCUGUGGGUUCUGCAUCUGUGGGGUCAACCAAUUGUGGAUCGAAAACAUAUAGAAAAAAUAAAAUGUGUGGUUGCACCUGUACUGAA